GGCUUGCUGCUGGGGCAACCAGGACACCAAAAUGAGUGUUAAAAAGUCUCCUGAAGAACUGAAGGGCAUUUUUGCCAAGUACGCGGCCAAAGAAGGUGAUCCAGACCAGCUGUCGAAGGAGGAGCUGAAGCUCUUGAUUCAGACUGAAUUCCCCAGUUUACUGAAAGGCCCCAGCACCCUAGACGACCUCUUUCAAGAACUGGACAAGAAUGGAGACGGAGAAGUUAGUUUCGAAGAAUUCCAGGUGUUAGUCAAGAAGAUAUCCCACUGAAGGAAAAAACAAACAGACAUAUCAUUCCAAAAGAAGAGUGCCUGGGAUGUGACCCUAUUCUGUAUGGAAUCACUAAUGUCUCUGGUUAAUUCUUUGCAAUUAUAAUGAUCUGACUGUGA